AUGGGUAGAUCAUUAGCAGAUUUUGGCUUAGGGCAUUUAAUAGAACCAGAUGAUCCAGAAAUCAGGAAAACCAAAGACAUUGCUGAUGCCUUGGAAGCAUCAAUACCUGAUGAAUGCAUUUUUUGCAGAGACGCUCUGAAUUCAGCUCAGCAGAUAGUGUUUGAUAGCAUUAUGGAACAUGUAAAUGGCAGCAUUGCUGGCUGCUUCUUUGUAGAUGGUCCUGGUGGGACUGGAAAGACUUUUUUGUAUAAUGCACUGUACGCUGAGGUUCGGCUAGCUCACAAAAUUGUAUUGCCUACUACAACUUCAGGGAUAGCAGCUUCAAACAUACCAUCUGGCAGAACAGCGCAUUCCAGAUUCAAAAUUCCUCUUGAUUCAGAGAUAUCUCUUGCAUGUGAUGUUCCUAGACAGGGUAGCCUGACCGCUUUAAUUAGAGCCACUUCUUUGAUAAUAUGGGAUGAAGCAUCCAUGGCACGACAGGAAAAUGUGGAAUCGCUGGAUCUGCUUCUUCGGGAUCUCUGUGACCCUGAUCAAGUAUUUGGAGGAAAGGUGGUUGUAUUUGGAGGAGAUUUUAGGCAAGUUCUCCCUAUUGUUCCUAGGAAAUCUCAAAUAGAAGUUGUAGCUGCAAGCUUAGUCAACUCAUACUUGUGGCCUAAGAUGACAAGGUUCCGAUUGACAGAGAAUAUUAGAUCUAGACACGAUCCUGCAUAUUCUGAGUUUUUACUAGCACUUGGAAAUGGACAGCUGCAGAAUACUGAAGUUGACUUUGUGCAGUUGCCACUGCACAUUGUACGUUGCUAUGACCCGGAAAUUGAUCCUAUACCAGCUGUGGCAUCUGCUACUUUUCCGGAAGUUGGCAGCAUGGACAUGUGUCCAAGCAUUUUUACAGAGACAACAAUCCUGACGCCUAUGAAUGAAGAUGUAGAUUCAAUCUAUCUUGUUUGA